UCUCCACGCUUUCGUAUAUAAAUCAAUCAACUCUUUCGCCCCUCUUCGAGCGUCCCUCUCGCUCUACAUACCCUCAAAUUAUUCUAUCCGAGAAAACAUCGGAUCCCUGUCUUUCUCUCUAUUCUGUUGACUCAUUUUGAUUCUCUCUCUUUCUCUCUCUCGAAAUGGGGAAGAACAUUCUGGUGACUGGUGGAGCUGGUUACAUGGGUAGCCACACGGUCCUGCAACUACUGCUUGGAGGAUUCAAUGUUGUGGUGGUCGAUAAGCUAGACAAUUCUUCAGAUAUCGCCAUUAAAAGAGUCACUGAGCUUGCUGGAGAAUCUGGAAAAAACCUUGUUUUUCACGAGGUUGACCUGCGAGAUAAGGUGGCCUUGGAGAAAAUCUUUUCUUCUUCGAGUUUUGAUACUGUCAUUCACUUUGCUGGAUUGAAAGCAGUGGGUGAAAGUGUACAGAAGCCAUUGCUUUACUAUAACAACAAUCUAAUUGGAACUAUUAAUCUCUUAGAAGUGAUGGGUGCACAUGGUUGCAAAAGGCUGGUGUUUUCAUCAUCUGCUACAGUUUAUGGAUCGCCAAAGGAGGUUCCCUGCACUGAGCAGUUCCCACUAUGUGCCACGAACCCGUAUGGGCAAACUAAGCUUUUUAUUGAAGAGAUCUGCCGAGAUAUCUAUCGUUCAGAUUCAGAAUGGAAGAUUAUAUUGCUUAGAUACUUUAAUCCAGUGGGUGCUCAUCCGAGUGGCUAUAUUGGAGAGGAUCCUCGUGGAAUCCCGAACAAUCUCAUGCCUUUUCUUCAACAAGUUGCUGUAGGCCGGAGACCAGCAUUAACAGUAUAUGGCAACGAUUAUUCGACAAAGGAUGGCACGGGGGUCAGGGAUUAUAUUCAUGUUGUGGACUUGUCAGAUGGACACAUUGCUGCCGUACAGAAGCUUGAUGACCCUAGUGUAGGUUGUGAAGUAUAUAACCUAGGGACUGGAAAAGGAUCCUCCGUUUUGGAAAUGGUAGCGGCAUUUGAGAAGGCCUCUGGAAAGAAACUUCCUCUGGUUAUGGCUGUUCGCCGUCCUGGGGAUGCCGAAAUAGUCUACGCAUCCACUGACAAAGCGGCACGCGCAUUGAAUUGGACAGCUAAAUAUGGGAUAGACGAAAUGUGCCGGGACCAAUGGAACUGGGCGAGCAAGAACCCAUGGGGCUAUGGGUCACCUGAUACCAACAACUCAAAAAGUUAACGUAUAGCUCUAAAGCAAAUUAUACUAUACACCAAUGUUGUAUGGUUUAUAGUUUACUGCACAUCGCAAGGGCACUUUUUUUUUGCUGGGUAGAAUAAUGGGGAUUGCAGGGCCCUACCUGUUUGAAUACGUUAGGGAGAACGGAGGCUGUGACCUUUAACUAGGGCACGGUGGUACCACUACGAUGAUCCCAGCCCCAUUCUCAAAACAAGGGCAUUCCAUUUACCCAGAUGGGUGCCCCAUUGGGCUCGGUUAUGGUUGAUCUACACUCUCCCUAUCGAGAAUGGAUGGCGGGCCCCUUUAGUGUACCACAUACCCUGUCUUUAAAACAGAUUCUUUAUAUCUUAGUUACUGAGAUUGGCAUCGUUUCGGGAACACAUUUGUGUUACAAGUUCAAACCACGUCGAUCGAUAAAAAAGUGAAAGGAUUUUCAAA